AUGCCGUCUGUCGAACAACUUCCCCAAAGCGGCAUUACCGUGGAGAAUGACACUACGCAGGACCUCUUGCAGUUCCUUCAGGACGACCUCCAGGGCUCGAUGGAUAUUGACUGGACAUCCGAAGAUCUCUUCAAAGUCUUCGGUCCUAACAUGUCGACCUCCUCGUCUGACUGGAUGGACACAUUAUCGUGGGAGACCAGUCAUCCCUUGCCACAAGACGCGGACUCGAUUUUCGAUAACAUGGACAUGGAACCCUCACAAGCCAUUGCGCCAGUUGCCCGAAUGGUGUCUACUCCCAGCCCAUCAGACCUGAACAGCAGCGACUCGCACGAAACACAGCACCAUUGUCUUGCUGCGGCUAUGGAGUUCAUGUUGUCACUCUUCCCACCCGGCCAUUUGGAUUGUAGCAGACCUCAGGCAUUUGACGCCAUAUUAGAACGCAACCACCAAGCCAUGGAGGGCCUGAAUGCCAUUCUCAACUGCGGCUGUCCCAAGGACGGCUAUCUGACAUCGAUCCUCAGCCUCAUCCUGCUCAAAGUCCUGGCGUGGUACGCAGCGGCAGCGACGGGCGCCAACUCAUCAUCGUCAUCGUCGUCAUCAUCAUCAUCCUCAAAUCAAAGAUCUCGCCCGGGCAAGCGUUGCAGACUGGCAAGCGGCGAGGCCGUGCAGCGGGAUGUAUCCACCGCACAUCGCGAGCACGGCAACCCGUGUUCAAUGCGCAAGUCGGCCCAGGCAGUCAUGGCAGAUCUCCACAAAGUCCAUCGUCUCUUGAAGAGCAUCUACAGUCGCUUUGGUGAAAUGCUGCUGCAACACGACCUCUCCGCGCUGUUCGGCGACGCCUUGAGCAGCAGCAGCAGCAAUCACAAUUACAAUUCCACGACCGGUGCGCAGAAAGACUACACCACCGAGGCGAACGACUCGUGCGGCGGCGCGGAGCUGUCGCAGAACAUGAUCAAGGGGCUCGACGCCGAGAUGCGCGGGAGAUUUCGUGCGGUGUCCGAUGCUACUAUUGCGAGUCUGCGGUUAGCGUAG